AUGUCGCAGAUCAACUCCGGCCUGGGCGCCUCCACGGUCACGGCGGAGACGGUGGGCGGCGUGGUCAAGAUCACCGUCAAGGCCGGUGCGCAGCCGCUGACGCACUACUACGUCGCAAAGCCGGAUGACCCGACCAUCUACAUGGUGACGCACAUCACGGGCGAGAUCGCGCCCGGAGAGCUGCGGUGGCUUGCGCGGCUGAGGCGAGCGGCGGUGCCAACGGGCUGGCAUGGUGAUGUUGCUGAUCUUGACGGGUGUACGGCGUUUGAGGGGAAGGAUACAUUUCGGUGUGCGGACGACACUACUCGUUGCAAAAUGUACACCUCGGAUCGAUUCGUCGACGACAAAGUCCACGGAGUCACUGGAAACAACGUCGGCGUCUGGAUGAUCAUGCCAGGCAACGCGUACGAGCACUCGGCCGGCGGUCCCUUCAUGAGGGACAUCAACUCGCAGAGCACCGGCGACCAGGAGCUGUACUGGUACAUGAACAGCGGGCACGUCAGAACGGAGCCGUGGCGGUUCGGUCUCCUCGGUCCCUACGCGAUGCGCUUCACAACUGGUGCGCAGCCCUCGGCCGACCUGGACACCAGCUUCUUCGACGCCCUCAAGAUCGACGGCUACGUCCCCGACAGCGGGCGCGGAAGCGUCUCGGGCACAGCCACGGGUGUGACGGGCAACUUCGAAACGGUGGUGCACUGGUUCAACAGCGACGCGCAGUACUGGACCAAAGCGACCAACGGAAAGUUCACCUCGCCGCUCAUGAAGCCCGGGACGUACACGAUGAAGCUGUACCGCGACGAGUUCCCGAUCGCGGAGGAUAACGUGACGGUCACCGCCGGCGGCAAGGUAACCAAGGAUAUCGCCUCCACGGAGUCGAAGCCGUCGGUCAUCUGGCGCAUCGGCGAGUUCGACGGCAAGCCGACGGAGCUGAAGAACGGCGACAAGAUCGAGCGGAUGCAUCCCUCCGACGCGCGUAUGGAGAGCUGGGGAGGGACGUACACGGUGGGCAAGUCGCAGGCCAAGGACUUUCCGAUGGCGCUGUUUGCGAAGGCGGGCGGCGUGGCGACUGUCGACUUCAACCUCGAGGGAGACCAGCUGGACGGGGUGGUUCUCCGGGUGGGCACGACGCUGUCGUUCAAGGGCGGACGGCCGUCGGCGAAGAUUAACGACUGGCAGGCGAGUGACCCGGGUGCUCCGACGUUGAUCGAUUCUAGAGGGGUGACUCGGGGCGCGUAUCGUGGGUUUGGCGAUGUUUACACGUGGGAUGUGCCGGCCAACGCGCUGAGGCAAGGAGCGAACACCCUCACUCUCGGUGUACUCGGGACAGGGGACAUGGCGUUUCUGAGUGCGAAUUAUGUUGUUGAUGCGAUUGAGCUCCAGGGCAAGGCGGGUGCUGACAGCCCCAGGUAG